GCCCGCCCGCUCCCCAUGGGCUGCGGGGCCGCGGGCCAUGGAGCGGUGCGCGGCCCGCCGAGCCCCAGAGGAGGAGAGGCGGGUGCGAGCCAACGCGCGGGAGUACAACGAGAAGUUCCAGUACGCAAGCAACUGCAUCAAGACCUCCAAGUACAACAUCAUCACCUUCCUGCCUGUCAACCUCUUCGAGCAGUUCCAGGAAGUGGCCAACACCUAUUUCCUCUUCCUCCUCAUCCUGCAGCUGAUCCCGCAGAUCUCUUCACUCUCCUGGUUCACCACCAUCGUGCCUUUGGUUCUUGUCUUAACCAUCACAGCUGUCAAAGAUGCCACCGACGACUAUUUCCGCCAUAAAAGUGACAACCAGGUGAACAACCGGCAGUCUCAGGUGCUGAUCAGCGGAGUCCUCCGGCAGGAGCAGUGGAUGAACGUCCGUGUAGGAGACAUCAUCAAGCUGGAGAACAACCAGUUCGUGGCGGCUGACCUCCUCCUGCUCUCCAGCAGUGAACCCCAUGGGUUGUGCUACAUAGAGACUGCGGAGCUGGACGGAGAGACCAACAUGAAGGUGCGACAGGCCAUCCCCGUCACCUCGGAGCUGGGUGACACCAGCAAGCUGGCUGGGUUUGAUGGUGAGGUGAUCUGUGAACCCCCCAACAACAAGCUGGACAAGUUUGGAGGGACGCUGUACUGGAAGGAGAACAAGUACCCCCUGAGCAACCAGAACAUGCUGCUGCGGGGCUGCGUCCUGCGCAACACCGAGUGGUGCUUUGGCCUCGUCAUCUUUGCAGGGCCUGACACCAAGCUCAUGCAGAACAGCGGCCGGACCAAGUUCAAGCGGACGAGCAUCGAUCGGCUGAUGAACACGCUGGUGCUCUGGAUCUUCGGGUUCCUGGUGUGCAUGGGCGUGAUUCUGGCCAUUGGCAAUGCCAUCUGGGAGCAUGAGGUGGGCGUCUGCUUCCAGAUCUACCUGCCCUGGGACGAGGGCGUGCACAGUGCCUUCUUCUCGGGCUUCCUCUCCUUCUGGUCCUACAUCAUCAUCCUCAACACUGUGGUGCCCAUCUCACUCUACGUAAGCGUGGAGGUGAUCCGCCUCGGCCACAGCUACUUCAUCAACUGGGACAAGAAGAUGUACUGUGCCAAGCGCCGGACGCCAGCCGAGGCCCGGACCACCACCCUCAAUGAGGAGCUGGGGCAGGUGGAGUACAUCUUCUCUGACAAGACCGGCACCCUCACCCAGAACAUCAUGGUCUUCAGCAAGUGCUCUGUGAAUGGGCACAGCUACGGUGAUGUGCAGGACAUGCUGGGCCACAAGGCAGAGCUGGGAGAGCGGCCAGAGCCAGUCGACUUCUCCUUCAACCCACUGGCGGACCCCCGGUUCCAGUUCUGGGACCCCAGCCUGCUGGAAGCCAUCAAGCUGGGAGACCCCCACGUGCACGAGUUCUUCCGCCUGCUCUCGCUCUGCCACACUGUCAUGUCUGAGGAGAAGAGCGAAGGGGAGCUGUAUUACAAGGCUCAGUCCCCAGACGAGGGAGCGCUGGUCACAGCCGCCAGGAACUUUGGCUUCGUGUUCCGGUCCCGCACCCCCAAGACAAUCACGGUGCAUGAGCUGGGGCGAGCCAUCACGUACCAGCUGCUGGCCAUCCUGGACUUCAACAACAUCCGCAAGCGCAUGUCUGUCAUCGUCCGCAGCCCCGAGGGCAAGAUCCGGCUGUACUGCAAAGGUGCUGACACCAUCCUGCUGGAGCGCCUGCACCCCGUCAACCAGGACCUGACCAACGUCACCACCGACCACCUCAAUGAAUAUGCUGGCGAGGGGCUGCGGACGCUGGUGCUGGCCUACAAAGACCUGGAGGAGAGCUACUACGAGGAGUGGUCCGAGCGGCUGCGCCGAGCCAGCAGUGCCCCCGAGGCCCGGGAGGAUCGCCUGGCUCAGCUCUACGAUGAGGUGGAGCACGAUAUGAUGCUGCUUGGAGCUACGGCCAUCGAGGACAAACUGCAGCAGGGGGUCCCUGAAACCAUCGCCAUCCUGACGCUGGCCAACAUCAAGAUCUGGGUGCUGACGGGGGACAAACAGGAAACAGCCGUGAACAUCGGCUACUCCUGCAAGAUGCUGACGGACGACAUGACCGAGGUGUUUGUGGUCACGGGCCACACUGUGCUGGAGGUGCGAGAGGAGCUCAGGAAAGCCCGUGAGAAGAUGAUGGAUGCAUCACGCUCCAUAAGCAACGGCUUCUCCUACCAGGAGAAACUCUCCUCUUCCAAGCUCACCUCUGUGCUGGAAGCCAUCGCGGGUGAAUAUGCCCUGGUCAUCAAUGGGCACAGCCUGGCCCACGCGCUGGAGGCUGACAUGGAGGUGGAGUUCCUGGAGACGGCGUGUGCCUGCAAGGCCGUCAUCUGCUGCCGUGUCACACCCCUGCAGAAGGCCCAGGUGGUGGAGCUGGUGAAGAAGUACAAGAAAGCUGUGACCCUGGCCAUCGGGGACGGGGCCAACGAUGUCAGCAUGAUCAAGACCGCCCACAUCGGGGUGGGCAUCAGCGGGCAGGAGGGCAUCCAGGCAGUGCUGGCCUCUGACUACUCCUUCUCCCAGUUCAAGUUCCUGCAGCGCCUGCUCCUGGUGCAUGGACGCUGGUCCUACCUACGCAUGUGCAAGUUCCUCUGCUACUUCUUCUACAAGAACUUUGCCUUCACCAUGGUCCACUUCUGGUUUGGCUUCUUCUGCGGCUUCUCGGCGCAGACUGUGUACGACCAGUACUUCAUCACGCUCUACAACAUCGUCUACACGUCGCUGCCCGUGCUCGCCAUGGGGGUGUUCGACCAGGACGUGCCAGAGCAGCGGAGCAUGGAGUACCCCAAGCUCUACGAGCCGGGGCAGCUGAACCUGCUCUUCAACAAACGGGAGUUCUUCAUCUGCAUCGCCCAGGGCAUCUACACCUCUGUCCUCAUGUUCUUCAUCCCCUAUGGCGUCUUCGCUGACGCCACCCGUGAUGAUGGAGCUCAGCUGGCCGACUACCAGUCCUUCGCCGUCACCGUCGCCACCUCCCUUGUGAUUGUCGUCAGCGUGCAGAUCGGGCUGGACACGGGCUUCUGGACGGCCAUCAACCACUUCUUCAUCUGGGGCAGCCUGGCCACCUACUUCGCCAUCCUGUUUGCCAUGCACAGCGAUGGGCUCUUCCAGAUGUUCCCCAACCAGUUCCGUUUUGUGGGUAAUGCACAGAACACACUGGCCCAGCCCACAGUCUGGUUGACCAUCGCCCUCACCACCGUGGUCUGCAUCAUGCCCGUUGUGGCCUUUCGCUUCCUCAAGCUGGACCUGAAACCUGAACUCUCAGACACGGUGCGCUACACUCAGCUCGUGCGGAAGAAGCAGAAGACCCAGCACCGGUGCAUGCGGCGCGCGGGGCGCGUGGGCUCCCGCCGCUCCGGCUACGCCUUCUCCCACCAGGAGGGCUUCGGGGAGCUCAUCAUGUCAGGCAAGAACAUGCGGCUCAGCUCCCUGGCGCUCUCCAGCUUCAGCGCCCGGCCCAGCGCCGGCUGGAUCGAGACCCUGCGUAAGAAGAAGGGCAGCGACAGCAGCACCGCCGGCAGCCCCAGCAGCGCCGCCAGCAAGACUCUCAAGGUGUGAGGCUGGGGAAGGGGGGGGCACGUCCCCUCCCGGUGCAGCUGGGAUCCCCCUUCUCUCGCCGUGGCCUUGGGGGGUCCCAAGGGGAGGACAGAGGCCGCGUGUGCCCUAGUGUGGAGGUGUUGGAGGAGUCUGGGACUGUCACGGCGUAACCAAAAGGUCUUUUUCGCUGUCCCUGGGAGGGAUGGACGACGCACGCUGCCCCCAGCAGCCCCCCCCAGGCUGCUCCUCUGUCAGUAUUCACCUCCACGGAGUGCAAAUACCCCAUCACACAUGAAUGUAUCAUGCCAGAGCCACGCCGCGGGCAGGCGGGGGGAGCCGGGGGGGGCUGUGACAGCGGCCUGCCCCUUCCCCCCCCCCACGUGUCUUCUUUUUAUAUCAAAAUAGAGAAAAAAAAACACCCAAAAAAAAAAACCCCACAAAAAACACACAAAACAGACAAGGAAGGACAAACCCUCCACGACUGUUUCUCUCCGCGUUGCACAUGGUGAUGGAGAGAGCGGGGGGGGGCCGGGGCCAGGGGGUGCUCCGGAGCCGCGGGAUGGGCUGGGAAAGGGGAAGCGCUCCCCGGGUCCUUCCCUGUCUCUGCGGGCAGCAGCCGCCGUGAUUCACUCCCACACCCAACACCGGGCUCUUGCACAACCCUCGGCCUCCGCUUCCUCCCUCCUCUUCCUCCCUCUCGCCAGCUCCCGGGGUCCCCACCGGGGGGUCUCGGGCGGGGGGGGGAGUCGGGGGUCUCUGUGAUACCAAAGAGGAAUCUGUUCAGGACGGGCUCUGGCUUGGGCUGGAGUCGAUUUUUCGGGAUGUUCGGGAGUUUCUUUGUGUCGGGGGCGGGGGGCGGGGGGGUUGGCGCGAGGAUCGGGGCGUCUAAUUUAUUACACGUUUCUAUAGUGCGGGAUUGUAUCAAAAUCACGGGUCCGCAGAGAGAAAAAAUGAACCAAAACCCAGCGUUUUCUAUAUAAAAACAACCACAAAGUUGUG